CUAUAAAAGAAGAAAGAGAGAGAGAAGAGAAGAGAUAUGCACAUAGGGAAGGGGAGAAUGAAGAAUAAGGAGGAGGAGGAGGAGCCGCUCAGCCCGAUGGCGCGAGUAUUCCAGUCGCCAGACAUAGACAUAUGUCCCAUCGUCAACAUUGGUUUCAAAACCAAAAUUAAUCCUGACGUUGUUCUUGAUGCAUUGAGGCAUAAUGUCUACAAGUAUCCUCGUUUCUCAAGCAAACUGUCUGAAAAUGGUGCAAAAUGGAUCAAGACCGAAGUCAAUGUAGAAGAUCAUGUAAUUGUACCAUACAUAGAUCUAGAAGAGAUAUGUGAAAGUGGACAAAGCUUCGUCGAUGAUUAUUGCUCACGUCUCACAAUGACUCCUCUUGAUAGAUCAAGACCUUUGUGGGACAUUCACAUACUCAACGUCAAAACCGCUGAUGCUGAAGCAGUCGGUGUAAUCAGAUUUAACCAUGCGUUGGCAGAUGGGAUGUCCUUCAUUUCCCUUGUGCUCGCAUGUACCCAUAAGACAUCAAAGGUGAAACGGCGAACCACAGUGCCGCAUAGCCUUGAGAAAACUGGCUGGUUCGUAAGGGUAAUAUUCACCAUUGGUUCUACAAUGAGACUGCUUUGGAAUACAAUCGUAGAUGUGUUCUUGCUUGCUGCGACGGUGUUGUUUUUGAAGGAUACAAUGACGCCACUGAAAGGCAAUGCGAAUGUCAGGAGAAAUCCAAGGAGAUUUUAUCACCGAACUAUCUCUCUGGAUGACAUUAAACUUAUCAAGAAUGCUAUGAACAUGACUAUCAACGAUGUUCUACUCGGAAUUACACAAGCUGCUCUUUCUAGCUAUAUGAACCGACAAUAUCUUGUUUCCCAAGAACAAGACAAGAAUGAUGAGCUGGAGGAUGGAUCAUUAUUGACUUCAUAUCUUCCAGAUGGUAUACGGUUUCGUGCAGGUUGUACAGUAAAUCUAAGGUCAGACAUCGGGUUCAAGCCUUUGGCAGAAAUGAUGGUGAAGGAUUCAAAAUGCAGGUGGGGAAACUACUUCAGUUUUCUUAUCUUGCCGUUAUCGAUUGGUUUAGAAACCGAUCCAUUGGUUUAUCUAGAAAAAUCCAAAGCUAUUAUGGCUCGAAAGAAGCACUCUUAUCAAGCUGCUCUAGCGUAUUUUUUUAUCAAAAUCAUCCUAAAAGUGUUAGGAGCUAAGGCAGCAUCAUUAGCAUUCAAUCAACACUUGAAGAACAUAACGACAUGUGUGUCAAACGUUAUGGGCCCUAUGGAAGAAAUCAGUUUCCGUGGCCAUCCCAUCGCUUACAUUUCUCCAAGCUCUUAUGGACACUCACAGGCAUCGUUGAUACAUUACACAAGUUAUGCGGGGGAAGUGACAAUCACGAUAGGGGUUGAUCCUACUGUAAUACCAGAUCCUCACAAGAUUUGUGAUGAUAUGGAAAAAUCACUAAAAACAAUGAAAGCUGUUCUUUGGGAAAGAAGGUUACUCUAAGGCCCAUGAGGCCUCAACUCAUUCAAACCUUGUGUUUGCUCCUCGUUUUAAGUCCUGCAUUGGUCAUUCCUUUGCUUCAUCUACACUGUUAUCGCAUCUCUUUCUCAUGCUAUUUUAAUUCUUCGCUCUGUUUAGCAUUCUCAAAUAUGGUCUAAAGCUAGUUGAGAGGUUUUAAGGUUGAAGAAAACUCAAAGCUAAACUCAAAUGUCGUGUCUUAAGAAGUUAAAACCUCACGUUACUAGUUUCUGCAACCCACACAAUACAAUUCCCUAGCUGAAUAUUUUGGAUAUAAAAUAAAAAAAAUAGCGCUAUUAGUUGGAAAUUAA